AUGACUGAUGUCACCCAACCAGAAGAUCCUGUAUUGAACAGGUCAAUUUACAAUCGAGUCCCGCCAAACGCUCCCGUAGAGAAGUAUCGGCCAAUGGAAGUGACUUUUGAUAUGAGGGUGUACAAUAUUAGAGCGCACUGUCUUACCUAUAGCCCCUGCUCCGGCGAGGAAGGUAUGCUAUUUUAUGUUUUACUUUUCGCUUAUAUAGCUGACCGAAGACAUUAUCAAAUAUACGAAAAUUUUACAGAGCUGUGUCCGGUCUUAUACACGGAGGAAGUAGCCGUUCUCAUUAAAAAAGGCUACAGUGAGACACUGAUCCAGGUUGGCGUGGGAGCGUGUGCUGCUUAUUUUGAACGAAUCUCUGCAACUCACAGUGACGGAUACUUGACUCUUUCUGGUUUGCAGUUUAGAGGCCAUGCGAUGUUUUCCUCUGAAGAUUGUCCGUGGGAUAUGGCCGUUGUUGAAUACGGUUGGCUUAUGGAGAUACUUAUAGGUGAAGUCGGAGGAUGCUUAGGAAGCACUUCACAAGUUAGCAUUUUCAGCCCUCAGUCGUACCCCACAAUCUUUCUCCCAUUUAGCUCAGAUCAUAAUUUUAAUAUCUGUAUGACCGAUGAACUUGCAAACCCAAUCUUUCGUAUAAUAUCGCUUGCAAACUUCUUCGACACCUUACUGCUGCUAGUGAUUGCUAAAGACGAAGAAAAAAUUGUUCCCGAACGUUUCAAGUUCUGCCAACAUGGUCAAACGGCUGCUACAUGUACUAAAGGAUCGCAACCGGGUCGUCCUUGUGAAUCAGAGGAACGACUAAAGUAUCGACAAAUGAGACUUUCUGUGGAUGGAGUGCACUUAGCAUUGGCUGAUGAGAAUUCUGCUUUCACUAUCGUUGUUGAUCCCUUACGGUUCACUCUGUGUAACGCUCACGAGAAGAGAUUCAUGGAGCAUAUAUGCCUUCGAAUACCCAACAUCACAACACGACAAUGUAGGGCCUUAUCAAAAAAGUCCUGGGGAAAAAAGAGUGAAGAAGAGAGAGCGAAGAAGGAGAUGCAGAGUGAGUGG